AAAAAAAAAAAAAAAAAAAAAAAAAGAGACCCGAGUCUGCCGUGCUCACAUCCCUCCCAUCCAUCUGCAACUAAGCAGCCUACAAGUCCAUCCUAUAUUUGGCAGCGAUGGGAGCGCAGCCUUCAAAACGCACCAGAGUCUCUUCUCGGCCAACAGCACACAGGGAAGUAACUUCGCCCGACGGUGCAGGCACGCACCAGAUCCACAAGGAUCUCCAUGACCUCUCGCUGUCGUCGCAGCCGGACGCAUCAUCCAAUUCCGAGCGGAGCUCUGGUCAGUGGACAGAACAAAACGAUUCCCAAAUCACCGGCGAGACCCCAGCGGGGGCCACUUCAGAGUCGGUCGCCAGCUCCAAAAGCAAUCUCUCUUCUUUCUUGAACUCAAUAAUCGGCAACAAUUCUGAUGGCAGCACUAAAUCUGAGCGGAAGGACGAUAAGGGCCAGAAACUAAGCGAUCUUCAGGAGCAAAAACAGCAAAAGAAAAUCAACAAACGGAACCAAAAGAUGCAACAACAGGCAGCAAAGCAAUCCCGAAAGCAGCAACAGUCGCCAGGACCGUACCAACAUCAAUCCGCUUCGUCAACAUGGUCUACUCUCGCCACGACUUUGUCGUCUUCUUCAAAAGCCCUCUCGUCCAGGACACGAAGCGCCAGCGGAGUGCUUUCAGCCAUGAGCGUCCCCUCACCCACCCCAGGCAAUGCAGUGUCCUCUACAUCUCCAGGUCCACAAGGAGGUGGAGACACAGACCAAUCCAGGCGGCUUGCUUGGUCCACAGCGGCCAAUGCGUCGCAGCAGGAAACGAAGCCCUCAAAACUAAGCUUCAUCCGUGGCAAACCUGGCUUCGCGUGGUUGGAGAAGCGGCUGCCUCCAGCAUCGUCUGGCCUGGACGAAGCGUCGUUGAGCAAUAUCUACUGGAGCUACCAACAGGGUCAGCUCUUAGAUGAGAUGGAGACCGAGGCGGCUAAGGGCUACAUGGACAGGGUAACCGACCAGCAUUACUUGAUGAAAGAUGUCAUGGGCGGCAACUAUCAUGCGCCGAUUGAUCUAACUUUUAAGCGCGUUCUGGAGAACGGAUGCGGUGCCGGAGAUUGGACCAUUGACAUGGCGAGCGAGAUGCCUGAGACCGACUUUGUGGGCUGUCCGCAGAUCAUUGCCACUGUCCGGCCCACCCUCCGACCACGCAACUGCUACUUCCAUUCCGAGGUACCUCUCAAUUGUCUACCUUUUCCCGACGAACACUUUGAUCUUGUGUAUCAGCGUCGGCAAAACGUAGUUCUCCUGGCGACAGAGUGGCAGCGAGCCGUUUCGGAACUCUUUCGGGUCCUCAAGCCGGGUGGAUGGGUGCAGAUUUUAGAGCCCGACCUGUCUCUCCGCGGUGGUGGGGACCUUUGCCGGAUGGCUGGCGAAUACUGCGUCAGAAUGUUCGAGCUUACAGGACGCAAUCCGAACGUGAUCCAUGAGCUGCAGUCACUGCUGGAGAGCGCUGGAUUUGCCAAUGUAACGGUCAAGAUAUGGUCGAUUCCGCUUGGCUGGGGAGGUGUGAUUGGACAGGCCAUGCUGGUUAACCAACGUCAGUUUGUGAACGAGAUGGAGCCGAUCUAUGUGCGUCAGGGCCAUGGCACCUCAGAGGAGUAUCGUGGUUUGACCAAAGGAAUCUUUGACGAGGCCGUGGAGAGGAAAGCCUAUAUCAACUAUCAUGUGGCUGUAGCGCAAAAGCCAAUGUCGAUUCCGGAAACGGGUGCCACAGAAUCGCCCAAUAUCCACUGCUCGACGUAG